CGCAAACGCCGGCUCGUGCCGCCGGAAACGAGACCCGAGCGUAAUCGCGAGAGGACCCCUUUGCGGGGACGAAGGCUUGGCCGCCGUGCGGGCGACGUCAAUUGUCACCGCCUAACCGCGUCUAUGAAUUUCUGUGCGCCGAUUGAGACAACGUGCUGAGUGGCUUCGGAAGGAUUACCUCUCCUCCCGGCCCCUUCCUCAACGCCCAUGCAUGGGACACAAGUGACACGGGGUGUUUACCUGCUAAUCGCUUUGAUGGUGUGCGUGAAGCCGAGUGGGACACAGGGUACUGCAAAAAGAAUUUCCUGCGACACCGACGCUCCAUCUACGAACUGCGAUUUUGGUCACGUUUGCUGGGUGACGUGUCCGGAAACUUGCGCCACAGACCUCAAGCUAUACGGCACCGAGACGUACACUUAUGACUCUGCCAUCUGCAUUGCCGCAAUCCACGACCUUCGACUGUCUCCGUGGAACAGAACCCACCGCACAGUCGCCUUCCAACGAGACGGCGAUGCGGGAAAUUACCGGGGAUCAUGGCGGAACGGGAUCAAGACGUACAGGUACGGCGGUGUGCAACGCAGUUACAAGCUCUGUUAGAAGAAACUGUAAUCACGCAAACACACACGCACGACGUUUAACGUGCGUCAAUUGCCUUUAUACACGCAUGCCGCAAUGGUAGCGCUCGCAUUUCGAAGACUGUAUACGAUAACGA